UGCUAAGUCUACAAACUCUCUUGCUUUCUUCUUCAAUAAUCAUUGUCAUGUUAGGGUUUCUUUCCACGCGCAAAAUUAUUAUUAUUAUCGCUGUUUUAGUGCUACAUCUGCUAAAACUACCAAUAGUGGUAGAGAUAUUGUGGAAAGCCCCAAUCAGUUCUUGAAAACUGUGAGAGAUCGAUGCAGAUCUCGAAGCUUUAGGAAUCUUGAUGAUGCCUUAGGCGUGUUUGAUAGAAUGCUUCACAUGCACCCUUUGCCUUCCAUCGUGGAUUUUCAUCAAUUGCUGACUGCAAUUGCAAGAAUGAAGCAUCACUCAACCGUGAUUUCUCUUAUUAAAGAAAUGGAACUGUCAGGAAUUGCUCCCGAUGAUUAUAUUUUGGGCGUUUUGAUUAAUUGUUUCUGCCAUUUGAACCGGGUGGAUUUUGGUUUCUCUAUCUUAGCAAGAAUUUUGAAAAUUGGUUUUCAACCGGACCGUGUAAUUCUUAGUACUCUUGUCAAGGGGCUCUGUCUUCGGGGUAAAAUUAUUGAGGCUGUUAAGUUGUUUAACAAAAUGGAGAAGAUAGGCUACAAACCUGAUAUUGUAACCUACGGAACGAUAGUGAACGGUUUGUGUAAAAUAGGCAAGACCAGUGAAGCUAUUGGGUUAUUUAGAAAGAUGGAAGAAGUAAAUCUUGAACUUGAUGUAGUGAUGUAUAAUACAAUUAUUGAUAGUUUAUGUAAGGACAGACUGGUAACUGGGGCUUUAAACUUUUUAUCUGAAAUGACAAAUAGAGGAAUUCAGCCAAACGUUUUCACUUACAGUUCUUUAAUUCAAGGCCUAUGCAAUUUUGGUUGGUGGAAGGAAGCAACUAAACUAUGGAAUGAGAUGUUGGAUAGGAAAAUCAUGCCAGGUGUGCAUACAUUCAACAUAUUGGUGGACAUGCUUGGCAAGGAGGGGAAGUUGAUAGAGGCAAACAAAGUUUUUAAUGAGAUGAUUCAGAGAGGCGUAGAGCCUAAUACAAUCACGUACAACUCUUUGAUUGACGGUUAUUGUUUACAAAAUAGAAUGGAUGAAGCUGUCAAACUAUUUAAUACGAUGGCUCGAAAGGGUUGUUCGCCUUCUAUUAUUAGCUAUAGCAUAUUGAUCCACGGAUAUUGUAAAAACAAAAGAAUUGAUGAGGCAAUGAUUCUCUUCCGUGAGAUGACUAUCAAUGGCGUGAUUCCCAAUGUUGUCACUUACACCACUCUUAUAGGCGGGUUUUGCCGAGUUGGGAGACCUAAGACUGCACUAGAGCUAUUCCAAGAGAUGCAAGGUUGUGGCGAACAUCCCGAUGUCCAAACUUGUGCUAUUUUGUUAGAUGGCCUAUUUAAGAAUCUACACUUUCCAGAGGCAAUGGCAUUGUUUCAAGCGAUGGAAGCCAAAAAGUUAGACCUUGAUAUUGUGAUUUACAACAUCUUGAUUGAUGGUAUGUGUAAUGCUGGGAGACUUACGAUUGCAAGAGAACUCUUUAAUACUCUUCCUACCAAAGGCUUUCAAGCUAAUGUUUGGACUUAUACUACAAUGAUCAAAGGGCUUUGCAAAGAGGGACUAUUAAAUGAAGCGAGGGAACUAUUUGAAAAAAUGGAGAACGGUUGCUCACCUAAUCACGUCACAUAUAACACAAUCAUCCAAGGCUUCUUGCGACAUAAUGAGAUAUCAUGGGCAGUGAAAUAUCUCCAAAUGAUGGUAGACAAGGGUUUGUCAGGAAAUGCGACCACUGCAACUAUUUUGAUUGACUUGUUAUCUACUAAUAAGGCAGAUCAAAUGCUACAAGACUAUUUUCAAAAUCCUGAGUGGGGUUGGCCUUUGCAUACAAGAGAGAGAAGAGAGAAAAGGAGGAGACAAAAACCCAGACCCUCCCAUCUUCAGAACGUCUCGGGAGAUUGUGAAAGCGGAAAUCGACGGCCAUUUCUCUUCAGCCGUCAUCACAUCUCCUUCUUCUGCUUCUUUCUCUUCCCACUACAUCUUCUUCCUCCGGAAAUGGGUACCACUGCUAAGUCUACAAACUCUCUUCCUUUCUUCUUCAAUCAUUAUUCUCAUGUUAGGGUUUCUUUCCAUGCUCUUAAUUGUUAUUAUUAUUGUCGUAGUUUUAGUUCCACUUCUGCUAAAACUACCAAUAGUGGUAGAGAUAUUGUGGAAAGCCCCAAUCAGUUCUUGAAAACUGUGAGAGAUCGAUGCAGAUCUCGGAGCUUUAGGAAUCUUGAUGAAGCCUUAGGUGUGUUUGAUAGAAUGCUUCACAUGCACCCUUUGCCUUCCAUCGUGGAUUUUAAUCAAUUGCUGGGUGCAAUCGCAAGAAUGAAGCAUCACUCAACUGUUAUUACUUUGAUUAAAGAAAUGGAACUGUCAGGAAUUGCUCCCAAUGAUUAUAGUCUGAGUGUUUUGAUUAAUUGCUUCUGCCAUUUAAACCGGGUGGAUUUCGGCUUCUCUAUUUUAGCAAGAAUUUUGAAGCUUGGUUUUCAACCAGACUGUAUAAUUCUAAACACUCUUGUCAAGGGGCUUUGUCUUCAGAGUAAAAUUGUUGAAGCUGUGAAGUUGGUUAACAAAAUGGAGAAUAUAGGCUAUAAACCAAAUACAGUUACCUACGGAACGGUAAUGAAUUGUUUGUGUAAAAUAGGUAUGACCAAUGAAGCUAUUGGGUUGCUUAGGAAGAUGCAAGAAGGAAAUCUUGAACUUGAUGUAGUGAAGUAUAAUAUAAUCAUUGAUAGUUUAUGUAAGGACAGAUUGGUAAUUGAGGCUUUGACAUUUUUCUCUGAAAUGGUGAGUAAAGGAAUUCAGCCAAAUGUUUUCACUUAUAGUUCUUUAAUUCAGGGCCUAUGUAAUUUUGGUCGGUGGAAGGAAGUAACUAAACUAUGGAAUGAGAUGGUGGAUAGGAAAAUCAUGCCAGAUUUGCAUACAUUCAACAUAUUGGUGGACACGCAUGGUAAAGAGGGGAUGUUGAAAGAAGCAAAUAAAGUUUUUAAUGUGAUGAUUCAUAGAGGCGUAGAGCCUGAUACAAUCACGUACAAUUCUUUGAUUGAUGGUUAUUGUUUGCAAAAUAGAAUGGAUGAAGCUGUUAAAGUAUUUAAUACGAUGGUUCGAAAGGGUUGUUCGCCUUCUGUUGUUAGCUAUAACAUAUUAAUCCAUGGAUAUUGUAAAGAUAAGAGAAUUGAUGAGGCAAUGAGUCUUUUUCGUGAAAUGACUAUCAAUGGCAUGAUUCCCAAUGUUGUCACUUACACCACUCUUAUUGGCGGGUUUUGCCGAGUUGGGAGACCUAAGACUGCACUAGAGCUACUCCAGGAGAUGCAAGGUUGUGGCCAACAUCCCAAUGUCCAAACUUAUGCUAUUUUGUUAGAUGGCCUAUUUAAGAAUCUACACUUUCCAGAGGCAAUGGCAUUGUUUCAAGCAAUGGAAGACAAAAAGUUAGACCUUAAUAUUGUGAUUUACAACAUCUUGAUUGAUGGUAUGUGCAAUGCUGGGAAACUUACAACUGCAAGAGAACUCUUUAAUACUCUUCCUACCAAAGGCUUUCAAGCUAAUGUUCAGACUUAUACUAUAAUUAUCAAAGGGAUUUGCAAAGAGGGACUACUAAAUGAAGCGAGGGAGCUAUUUGAGAAAAUGGAGGAAUUUGGUUGUCAACCUAACCAUAUCACAUAUAACACAAUCAUCCAUGGCUUCUUGCAUCAUAAUGAGACUUCAUGGGUAGUGAAAUAUAUCCAAAUGAUGGUUGACAAGGGUUUCAGGGCAAAUGAGACCAUAGCAACCAUUUUGAUCGACUUGUUGACUACUAAUUAGGCAGAUAAAACAUUACAAGAUUUUUUUCUAAAAUCUGUGUGAAAGAUUUAUAGUUCUUCAACGUUCAUGACAAAUUUGAUAUUCUAAACAUUACAGAGUUAAUCUGUAAUGUACAAACAUAUUUGCCGCAAGUCAUUAAGGGAUCUCAUGAUUGAAGGAACACUCUUGAAGGUCUAGCUAGGAGCUUGGUUGUUAUGUGUUGUUGAUUUUGUUUGAUGCUGCUGGAUAUUGGAAGUUGGAUGUUGGUGGUUAUGUGCUGUUCAGCUGGAUUUUAUAAGUUAGAUGCUGCCUGUUUUUUGGUUGAUGAAGUUGCUAGUUUUUCGGUUGAUGCUGCUUCGUCAACCAAAAAAUUUAUUUAAACAUUUUGUUGAUGCAUAGCUAUUGAAGAAUAUUGUUCAUUUG